UCUACUUAACAAUGAAAGUAGCCUGGAGGAGUAAAAGCAGACCUAUUCAAACUGAUGUUGUCUGAGGUGGAUGGGGAGAGAAAUCACUCUUUAUUUCAUUUCUAACUAACAACCCAUGGCUGGCUACACUGGACUCCGGAGCUGCACUUGGACUGAAAUCCCAACUCAUGUUUUCUAUAACUCCUCUUUUUUUGCACAAAGAGAUUCAGAAUCCAGCUGUGAUUUGACCCUGCUGACAUGCCUGCUCAUCGGAUCUUAUCGCUUUUGUAUCAUCCCUUUGUUGGCGGCGUUUCAUGGAAAUGUUUCUGGAGGAGCAGCAAACAAGCAAACACCAUUUAAACCUGUUUUGCUGAGACCAAGGCUCAUUUCAACCCCUGCAAAAAACCCUGGAUCAGCUGUGACUACAGUCUGCCGGUCUGCAACUUCCACAAGCAAGGGAGCAUCAAGUUCUGCCACCAGUCCGAAAAAAAAGACAAAUUAUGGAAGACCUGCCGAGCAAAUUUCAGUUGGAACUGUGAACAAGUGCAAGACCAGCGCCAGGCUACCUCAACAGCAGCAUUCCAAUACAACCAGGAGGACUGGGUCCCAGAAAGUGGUACAGGAUGAAGGCCGACAGCAGAAGAUCCAGCAGCUUGAAAAACCCCUUGCAUCCAGCGACCGCAGGUUUCAGGCACUCGUCAUCGUUCUACAGCAAACUUUGGCUGAGCGUGAUGAAGCCACCAGGCAGAGCAGACAGCUGUCUCAGGAACUGGCCAACCUCAAAGGAGAACUGGCUUCUUCUGUCCACUCGUCUGAGUGCCUGGAGAGGGAGAAGGAAGAGCUGCAUGCUGCUCUGCACCAUGCAACACAGAAACUGCAGGAAGAGCACAGAAAGGAGCUUGCUGAGCUGGAGCAGCGGCUACAGGCUGCUCACAGGGCCGAAUGGGACCAUGUUCAGCUCACCUAUCAGGAGGAAGCAAACAAAUACAAGACCCUCAUGCAGCAGCAGAUGGAGGAACUGAAAGCCAACCAUGAAGCCAUGAAGAUGCAACUAGAGAGCUGCCAUGCAGAGCAGCUGCAGUCAGUCAGGCAGCAGUAUGAAACCUCUAUGGAAGAACUCAGGAAGGUCCACGCACAGGAACUCCAAUCUAUUGAGAAGGCUCUAAAAGAUACAAAAACCUCUCUGUCUGCACAGAUUCAGGAGCUGACAGUAGAGAAUAAUGUCCUGUUAGAGAAGCUAGCUGCAGAGGAGAGCAGGAGGAGAGAGCUGGGUGAAAACACUCAGAAAGACUCUCACGCUCUGUAUUUAGAGCAGGAGCUGGAGAGUCUCAAAGCAGUGCUGGAUAUCAAAAACGAACAGCUCCACCAGCAGGAGAAGAUGAUGAUGGAGAUCAGCAAACUGAAGGAGAGAAAUGUGAAGCUAAAUGAGAUCCUCAUAAAGGUCCAGCAGGAGAAUGAGGACCUGAAAGCUCGAAUGGAAAGGCACGCCGCUCUGUCAAGACAGCUGUCCACAGAGCAGGCCGUGCUGCAGGAGUCCCUUCAGAAGGAGUCAAAGGUCAACAAGCGGCUUUCUAUGGAGAACGAGGAGCUGCUCUGGAAGCUCCAUAACGGAGACUUGAGUAGCCCCCGCAAGCUGUCCCCCAGCCCUACCUCACCCUCCCACCCCUUCAAGCUGCAGUCCCCUCGCAGCUCUGGCUUCUUCUCCAGCUCCCCCGUCUCCCCCAGAUAACAGUGGGACCCUGCUUCCAGGAAGCAGACCGCUGUGUUUGGUUAUUCCUCUGGAACAAAAGCUGUGAUUGGAUCCCGUCGAUGGAACGGACCGAGACCCGGAUCAACUCAAUCACCUCCUGUACAAACAUGCAAAAUACUGUAUAAAAAAAGAAAAUGUUGCACAGAAGCACUUAAAGCCACCUUGUUCUUUGCCUUUGACACCUGAUCUGAUUGAUAAAGAUUGAGGGAAAAAAAGAAUCUCAGGACUUUUAUGUACUGAAAUACUAUUUUUGUUGUUUGCUAUCAGAGGCUUGUUUUCCCGAAGCUCAGCACACGCUAACAAACGGUACAUGCAUGCACCGUUAGCCUUUCCCUGUUAAAGAUGGCUGACUUUCUGUGAUUCAGGACUCCACAGCCAGAAUUUGACUACAGGAUAGUUUGGGUUGUAUAUAUUUAUUCAGAAUAUCUAAGAAGCUGGAAUUGUUUUGUUUGGACUUUUGCACCUUUUCUCACAAUGCUAACAGUCAGUUUUACUUUCAUACACUGGCCUUCUACACCCAGUUCCUUAAGGUUGUUUUAGUGUGGAUGGUGUGUGUUCCUAUUAUUCCCAGUCAGCUUAGAGAUCUCCUGUGGUCUGUGGUUUUCUUUAAGCAGGAUAUCAUUCCAAGUCUUGCUUCUUGUGUUUGAGUCUUGUUUGUGAGGAAGGAAUAUUCCUCACACAGCUUUAAAUGUACGAUUCUGUUUUCAGGUUUGCUUGUAUAUAACAGGGACAUCCGAUUUUUGAAAGGUAGGAAUAUUUUGUGUGGAAAUGUAUACCAGAUAUGCUGAGCCUGUUCGAAAUAUGCAAUUAAUAAAGACUUGUAUUAAACGUGGA